GUUUAAACUCUUGUCUGCACCUGCACCUAGAUGGGGAAAUGACAAUUGUUGAUAUGAUUAUGCACUACGACAACGCAAUUGUCCGUCUCCGUGAGAACGAAGCCCACGACGACUGCACGGCUUCACAGACUACACCAGUGGCAAUUACUAAUUUCAGAGAACUAGAGGUUGCUGCUGCAAAAAUCUUCACUCCUGCUAUGUUCUAUAUUAUUCAAGGUGAGCUUUCAAAGAUUGGCGGCAUAGAGAUCUUAGAAAAAAUGCAGGCAGGAGACUCAAACAUCUUCAUUGUGGCAUGGAGGAAUCAUGUAAGGACCAGUUUCUACGUGGAAUAUAGACCCAAGGAGGCAGAAAUUAUAAGGUGCAGCUGUCAAAGGAUGAUUAGAAAGGGGAUCCCUUGCAAGCACAUACUGCAUGUGGUGCAUUUCUUGAAAUUUACUGAAAUUCCACAAUGUUGUGCUCUACGACGAUUCACAAAAAAUGCCAGGUUAGGGUUGCCAGCUAAACGCACCAGCGACAUGUUUGGGUGGGGUUGGUCUGGGGCAGAGGAGCGGAUGAAAUACAACAGGAUGAAUAUUAAGGUAUCACAGGCUAUGCAUAUUGCAUUAAACAAUUCAGAGGAAUAUGAUCUGCUGAACAGUACCAUUGAUGGUAUAAUUUCUAGAAGAGAGGGGUAUGCUAAAGGUAAAGCAUAUGGUCCCCUCAGGUCGGUGCAUGAAAAUGAAGAUGCUAGUGGACCAUGCGAUAUUGUUGUUGGUGAUCCUUUGAAAGUGUCCACUAAGGGUGCACCUAGGCAAGAAGCGCAGAAAUCUCCAAUGACUAAAAAUGGAAGACCACUAGGACACAAGGAACGCAGGGUGCAGGUGUGCGGGGCAUGCCAAGGAGAAGGGCAUAACAGAAGAAACCCAAUAUGCAUAUUUCAUCCGAAGAAUGUGCUGCAGCAGGAAGGGUAGUUCUUUCAUAGUUAUCUAAAGGGCAGUAAAUUUCCUUAAUUAUGAAUGGGACGACUAUAGCUUUGUAUUUGAUGGAGUUGUUAAUGUUUGCAACGUACUGAUGUUUUUAUUUUGUACUGAUGUUCUUAAUUCUCUGGUGUUCUUUUGUAAAAAUGGCAAAAGACAUUAUAUAUUGUGAA